UAUAACUUUUCCUAAACUGUCACAAUUUGAAAAAAAAAAAUAUAUAUAUUUUUAAUUAAAAUGUUUAUUUACUUCAUUUUCAUUACUCGACAAAAAUUUUCUUUUAUUUUUUUAGCUUUAAGUUUUCGGACUAAAUUUAAAAAAUCUAAAUUAAUUGUAUAAUUCAUCUGCUAACAUAAUUGGCAUACAAUGGGUUCAAUAGGUCCGGGUCCUGCUUAUUCUCUACCCCCAACAAUCGGCUAUGAAAAACAUGAUCAGCGCAAACAGCGUAGUCCACAAUAUACAAUGGGUGGUCGAUUGAAAGUUAAAAAUGUUAGUAUAACACCAGGACCUGGUAUUAACACGCAAAAUUUAACGCGUUAUGGAAGAGUAACCAGUAAAGCGUACAGCAUGGCGGCUAGGACAUUUGUUAAAGAUACCAGAAAUAUAGGUCCAGGCCCAGCGAAUUAUGAUGUAUCAAAAAGACCUUAUGUAAAUGUCACAGCUCCACCCUCAUAUUCUAUGGGUCGUCGUGACAAUUUUCGUUUCAAAAAUGUAUGCCCCGGACCUAAUGCCUAUGGCAUUAAAGAUGGCGUGGUUAAAAAAUCAGCUCCGGCUUAUAGCAUAGGCAUAAAGACAGCUUUAAAAGAUAAGGCCGGCUCUCCAGGACCGGCUAAUUAUCCUGCUAGUAAUUUAAAAGUAACAAUGCUUAAAGCACCAGAAUAUUCCAUGUAUCCCCGCUCAAAAAUUAUUGACAAAUCUAUUGUGCCUGGUUCGAAUGCAUACGAUCGCACAAACUAUAAGCCGGGUAAAUCAUCUCCAGCUUAUUCUUUCGGUAUACGCCAUUCUCCGAAAGCACCACCCAUGAUAGUGUCUUGUGAUAACGUAUGAAUUAUGGAUUAAUUAGGUUGAAAUAGUUGAUGAUUGGAACCGUAGAAAUAUUGUAAUUUGAUUAUGUCUGUUUGAUUUCUUGUUAUUAUCCGAAUUUUAACAUUUAAAUUUUCGGAUAAGAAUAAGUUUUCAAACGGUUACAUUAUUGAAUUACUUAUUUUUAAGAAAUUUUUAUAAGCUUAAUAGUAAAGACCAAAAUAGUAAUUGUGUAACUAAUUAAUUUUUUAUGAUUUGGGAAUAUCUUUUGUAUAAAUUUAAAAUUUGAGAAUUAUAGUACCAAAGAAUAUAAAGAAAUUGGGGCUUGUCAGUUGGUACGUAAAGGAGUUGU